AUGCGCCUCGGCCGUAUCAGCACUUCAUUUCUUUGUCUGCUUACUGCAUCGAGCGGUCUACCGACUGCCCAGGUCCCGCUUCUCCACGAUGAGGACACAGGCAACCGCUCCAUCUCCGUGAAGCUCUUCGCCGGGCUGGAGGAGCUGGCGCGCAUCGUCGACAUCUCUUAUUGCGUGGGCGCAACUGGCCUGGGCAUACACAAGCCCUUCCAGUGUCUCAGCCGGUGCAGCGAGUUCGAGAACUUUGAGUUAGUCACUACUUGGAACACAGGACCGCUACUUUCCGAUUCUUGCGGCUACAUUGCGCUUUCGCAUCCGCCGUCCGCUCCGCGCAUCAUCCUCGCCUUUCGUGGCACCUACUCUAUCGCAAACACAAUAGCCGACCUCUCCACACUACCGCAGGAGUAUCUACCCUAUCCUGGCGGAGACGACACCAGUCAUGAUCAGGCGAGUCUGCUCGACAAAGCCCUCGACAGCCUACACGUCUCGAAGCGCGGCGCGUCGCACUCUACCGCCGAUAAGUGCACCAACUGCACAGUCCACAGCGGCUUCUACAGAUCUUGGCUCAACACGCGCUCCAAAAUACUGGCGGAUCUAGCACAAGCACGUGCCGCCUAUCCGUCCUACACCCUGACACUCGUCGGCCACUCUCUCGGCGGCGCAGUCGCAACGCUCGCCGCACUCGACUUUGAUGCCCGAGGUUGGGAGCCGCACGUCACUACGUUCGGCGAACCGCGUGUCGGAAACGAGCACCUGAUGCGGUACAUCGACUCUCAUCUUGUCGAGCCCCCCAACGGAACGGCAGCUGCCACGGACUCAAACCCAGCUAAGAGGCGGUUCCGCCGCGUUACCCACGCCGGCGAUCCCAUUCCUUUGCUGCCACUUGAGGAGUGGGGAUACCACAUGCACGCCGGAGAGAUCUUCAUCGGGAAGGCGAACUUGCCGCCCAGUGUCGCGGAUCUCGAGUACUGCAAUGGUGACGAGGAUCCAGAAUGCAUCGCUGGAGGUGGAACUGGAACAGCGGUCCAGCCGGCCGCAUGGCCGUGGGAGAAAGAUGGCGGCUGGAGUGUGCCGGCGCGGUAUAAGCUCUGGCAACUAUUCUUUGCGCAUAGGGAUUAUUUCUGGCGGCUGGGGCUUUGUGUGCCAGGCGGUGACCCUAGGGACUGGUAUCGGAAGUAUCCGCGCUAUGAUGAUGGGGACGAGUUAUGA